AUGCCCGAGCAUCUUAGCCCCGAGCCGCUGAAUGCUCUCGACCCCGACGAACAGCACAGCUUGAGAGCUCUCUCGCGAUCUCCCCACCCGUACCACCACCAAACCGCCGACCUCCCGCAUCCCUCCGACCGCUUCGCUCGACACGACGGCUCCGCGCACACGGCCAAGCAGGACCAUGGCGGGGACUUGUUGUCCCCUACGGCGUACCCUCCCCCGAUCGCCAAGGACUCGCCGCAGACCAGCGACAGCGGCUCCGAAGCGGACGACGAGCACUUCUGGAAGGGCCUUCCUGCGCCCAAGUCCAAGCCUCACAAGGGGUUGAGGGGUCUCAAUGAACCUCUCUCAGGAUCCUCAACGCCGCUGCCCUCUCCCGGCGCGCAAGAUGUCGAGGGCGCACGGCUUAGGAUUGCGGACAAGGUAUUCUCAACGGAUGGCAUCUCAGAGCCCCGUCGGGUCUUCGAUGUAAUCCGUCGGAGGAGAGUCGUUGCGCGACGAGCGACAGAGGCUGGCAUUGUCCUAGCUCUUGGUGCCAUGGUUGCUUCAAACCCCAACGUCUCACGAUUAUUAGAUGUUUGGGGAAAGGAUAUCAAACUCCUCAGUCUCUCUUACACCGGUGUUCUCAUCCUCUACCCUCUCCGAGUUACGGCCUCCGCAUACCGCAACCGCACUCCUUCACGAAGGAUUCCGCUCGAACUCCCAGUGAAUUUCGAUCCCGCCCCUCUCUUAUACCCUCCUGCGAUCACCUUGUUCGUAUCUCUCCUCGUUUCAACCAACAACCCUGCUGGAGUGCUGCCAAACAUCAUUCUGAGCAUCUGCUCAAUCCCGCAGAAACUUGUUCCCAAAGCCGAUCCUUAUGCCACAUACGACGUCGUUUUCUGGGCGCUCACUUGCCUGCCUUUAAUCUGGAGCUCUGCAUAUAAAGAUCACCUAGACUUCAAUCCCGCGCUCCCAUUGUUGUCAGGGGAGACGGCUGUAUUACUAUAUCCCUUGCACCAAACACUGUGUGUGGUGCUGCAUCAUCUUACCACGACCAGUCUAUUGACAGCUGAGCUACAGCUAUUAUCGAUUGCGCUCAUCAAUGUCUUGCUUCUGGCCUCUUCUCCCCAGGCCUUGGUUCUGAAGGCUCUUCUCUGGGGAGGUGGGCUGGGCGUGCUGCUCUUCUGCGCUCCCGUUAUUAGGUGGGGAAUCGCUUUAGCAAGGGUUCCGAAAUGGCGAUUCCGAAAAGUCUCCGGCUCUCAAGAUGUGCCCAUGUUGAAGAAGAUCACGCACUUCCUGUCACUGCGGCGUAUCAAGAAUGAGUUAUUAGGCUCCAACCCCGAGGACGCUACUUAUGACACAGCUGGAUCAUCUGAGGACGAGGCGGGCCCGAUGUUGUUUAAGAGACCAUCAAAAGUCCGCACAUUCGGACCUAGCGAGGUAUCACCGGACGCUGACAGCCUCCCCCCUUCUCCCACGGCAGGCGAUACGGCCUUUGCGAAUGGAAAUUCUUUUAUGCGAAGACAUACGUUGCCAUAUAUCGACAAUGUGGUUCGCCGCAACGCGACACAUACGCCGUCUGGAAGGAGGAAGCGGGCCACUUCAAUGUCGGUCCGGCCAUUUUUCAAGUUGACCCAGGGUCAGGCAACUCUGAGAAAGUGGCUCUAUGCUGGAUAUGUAUACGCCAGCAUUCUGGGCAUAGCAUUGGUUGGUAUCCGUGCAUAUCUCGAGAAGUUUGCAUUCGAUGGCAAUGAACCUAUCGGAUGGGCGUUGGGAUAUUUGUUCGGCGACCUCCCUUGGUUCAGGUUCCAAGUUAUCCAUGCCAACUUAGAGAGGUGGAUAUGUCUACCAACGCGACCAGAUGACGACGACCGCCAGUGCCACCUGGGCUGGGUGCAACAUAUCCGCCACAAUGAUUUUGGAGAAGCUAAUACGCGACUCUUAAUCAGCAUGUAUUGGCUUGCCAUUCUCAUUGUUGGGCUCCUGAUCGUCUUUCGCCUGAAGGAAAUCUACGAGGUUGACACAAGGCGGAAGGUGUUUCAUUUCAUGAUGGUGGGCAUGCUUCUUCCGGCGACCUUUGUCGAUCCAACUUUUGCAGCCCUGGCGCUUUCUCUCAUCCUAGCAGUCUUCCUGAUCUUGGAUUUGCUGAGAGCGAGCCAGCUCCCCCCAUUGUCCAAGCCAAUCGCGACCUUUCUCGCACCCUACGUUGACGGCAGGGACUUUCGAGGUCCAGUCGUCAUCUCUCACAUCUUCCUCCUCAUCGGUUGCGCCAUUCCUCUUUGGCUAGCUCUGGCUUCGCUUUCCCGAACCGGAUCGGAUUAUCUUGCUGGAUGGGAGGUUCCCACCAGGGAUGUAAGCAUGGUAUCCGGUGUUAUUUGCGUCGGCCUGGGAGACGCGGCUGCAUCACUCAUCGGCCGCCGGUACGGCCGCAGGAAAUGGCUAUGGGGCGGUGGUAAGAGCCUCGAAGGCAGUGUGGCUUUCGCCGUGGCCGUCUUCAUCGGUAUCGCUGCCGCAAAGAUCUGGCUCACAAUCGGCGGCUGGCCCGCCACCGACGAGCUGACCAGCGUCCUCGUGAGCGCCCGGAAUGCCGGCAUGUGUGCCUCGAUGGCGAGUCUGACGGAGACUGUCCUGACGGGCGGGAACGAUAAUGUCAUUGUGCCAGUGAUCCUCUGGACAUGCGUGAAAAGUCUAGGGAUUUGA